UUGGCUCAAGCAGACGACCCUUGGCCUCACACCCUCUUUGAGGCAACGAGGUGAAGGGCCAAUGGCUCGAUGGCUGCUUGCACUGGCCGUCCUGGCCACCUCAGCUAUGGCCUUCAUUGCGCCCUCGCGGGUAGAGACGCCACCUGGCAGGCGCACAGCACAGCAGGUGCGCAGCGUGCGCAGCAUGCGCAGCCGUAGUGAUCUCGCCGGAGCCACACCUACUGCGGCCGGCGGUGCCUUCGCCGUGCUGGCCGUAGCCGGUGCCUUGCUGCGGCGCAGCUUGACACAGCGACGCUUGCGAUUGGCUGGCAAGGAGAUCCCCCGUAACAAGGAGCUGGCAUACGCUUUGAUCUGCAGCGUCUAUGGCAUUGGCAAGACCACUGCUUUCAAAAUUUGCAUCGACUGUUCGCUUGACCCAUAUAAGAUUGUGAAUACUCUGACUGAAGACGAGGAACAGCGCAUGGCUGAAGAGAUUGGCAAGUACGUCUUAGAAAACCCCUUGAGGCGCAUGUACAAGGCAAAUUGCAAGGCCUUGGUGGCAAUCAAGCACAGGCGCGGCAUUCGCAUGCAGAAGGGUUUGCCAGUGCGCUUCCAGCGGAGCAAAACGAACAACCGCAAUGCCCGGAAGCUGAACCCUGGACGCUUCUAAACACAGCCGAGAAGGGAGUGGAAGAGAGACAGAGAGACAUGGCAAAGGCAACAAUGCCACGCAACACGACAACGAACAUGUUGUAUUCCACGUUUGUCAUGAUGCAUCCCUCUUUUAGUUCAAACCGCAGAGGUAAGAGGGAGCCCCAGGCUACACAAGGGGAAGCAGUCCACAU